AAAAUUAUUAUAAUAUAGUUAUCAAAUUGCAUUUAAUCUCUCACUUUGUGUGGUUGUGCGUUGAACUUGAAAACAUGGAAAACUGCGCCACCAAUAAAUAAAUAUAAUCUAAAUUUAGUUGAAUGCACUUUUAAACGUUUUCGAAACGCUAUAUUGUUAAUGGGAUUAGGCGAGUAUUAGGUAGUACGAAAAUAGAGGCGGCUGAGGCUGAGAGAAGGGAAUAAGUGAAUGAAAAAGCCUAUAGAGAGGGAGGAUAGAUUGAAUUGAUAUCUCUAUAGCGUGGAGAGAGUGUACAUACUCGUAUGUGUGUAGUCUCAUCUGAUUUAACCGGCAAGCCGCAUGCGUUUCUUAUUGCACUGAUAGACACGCAAUUUCCCAAUCAAAAUGCACUCCAAGAUGUGACAGUCUCGGCUUCCCAGUUCAAUUUUAAAUGACAGAACACGCGAAUCUCGGACUUAGUUCUCAUUCAGGUGCUGUUGGCUGCAUUGCUCCGGAGCCAAAAAAACUUGUGUCAUCAUGGUUUCAUUGUGGCUGCUGAUGCUCGGCAUCCUUUCCAUUUACCUCUGGCUGAGACAAAGGUAUAGCUACUUUGAGCGCCACAAUAUCGUCCACCUGCCCGUCUCCGCGUGGACACCACUGGGACACCUCAGGAAGUUGCUGCUGUUGCGAAUCUCCUUUGGCGAUCUAUUUCACAACAUCUAUGCGGAUCCGCGCGGUGGUCAGGCCAAAGUAGUGGGCUUUUUCCUGUUCCAGACCCCAGCGUUGAUGGUCCGCGAUCCGGAGCUGAUACGCCUCGUGCUGAUCAAACAUUUCAACAGCUUUCUGAACCGCUAUGAGGCGGCAGAUGCUGCUGGUGAUCCCAUGGGAUCGCUGACAUUGCCGCUGGCCAAGUACCAUAACUGGAGGGAGAGUCGUCAGUCGAUGGCGCAGCUGUUCACCAGCGGCCGGAUGCGCGAGUCCAUGUACCCUCUGAUGAUGGGAGUGGUGAUCGACCUGGAGCAAUAUCUGCAAAGGAAGCUCGGAGACCGGUCCGAGCGGAUGCUACCUCUGAGUAAAAUGUGUCAGCUAUAUACCACUGAUGUCACGGGAAACCUAUUCUACAGCAUGGAUGUGGGCGGACUGCGCAGAGGCAAAUCCCAGCUGCUGAAGAAGACCAAGGAGUUGUUUGACCCCGAUCCUCGGAAGGUCCUGGAUUUCAUGAGCAUAUUCUUCUUGCCCCAGUGGACGAACCUGCUGCGGGCUAAGGUGUUCAGCGAGGAAUACGCACAGUUCAUGCGAGGCUUAGUCGGGCAUCCUAGGGAGCGAAGCAAGGGCGAUCUCAUCGAUCAGCUGCUGCAUCUUCAGAGCAGUCGACCCUCCAGCCACUACGCCCAGCAUCCGGACUUCAUCGCCUCUCAAGCGAGCAUUAUUUUGCUCGCUGGCUUCGAGACUUCCUCGGCUCUGCUGGGCUUCACCCUCUACGAGCUGGCCAAGCAACCCGAUCUUCAGAAGCGUCUUAGAGAGGAGCUGGCAGAAGCCUUUUCACUGACUCCCACCCUGACCUAUGAGACGCUGGUCACCCUGCCUUUCCUUCGGAAGGUCUGCCUGGAGGCACUUCGUCUAUAUCCAGCCGCUGCCUUCAUCAACAGGGAGUGUACCAGCUCAGAUCCCAAUGGAUUCUCCCUGCAGCCACACGUGGACUUUGUGGUACCAAAUGGGAUGCCUGCCUACAUCUCCAUCCUGGGACUGCAUCGCGAUGAAAAGUAUUGGCCCGAGCCCAACCGCUUUGAUCCCGAACGAUUUGAUCCAGAUAGGAGCAAGGAUAUCAUACCCAUGACCUAUAUACCUUUUGGAGCUGGCCCCCAUGGCUGCAUCGGCAGUCGUCUAGGGUCUUUGCAGCUGAAACUGGGUCUGGCCCAUAUACUGAGGCUGUGCCGGGUGGAGGUCUGCGAGCAAACAGUGCCGCAGAUACGAUUCAAUCCGAAAACGUUCAUGCUGGAAUCAAAGGAUGAGAUAUAUUUGCGAUUUUACAGGGAUAAGCUAUAAAUUAACUGCAAUGUUUCACCGCGUGGCUGUGAUACUUGGGUAUGGAAAAGGGAAAGUAUUAUUUUUAAUGAAAAAGUUAUAUUUGAAUUGAAUUGUUUUAUUUGGAUGAAA